AUGAGUUUCAGCGCAAAAUUUUGGCCCAGAAAGGUUGGGGGACUAGGAUUUUCAUAUUGCAAAACCUAGUCCCCUAAUUGUUUUUUUGAAAAAUGUUUCUAGGCUGAAAUUCACUGCCAGAUCUCAUGGAAAUCUCAAGUUUUCAGUGAUUUUCAGCGCAAAAUUUUGGUCUAGAAAUGUUGGAGGACUAGGAUUUUCAUAUUGCAAAACCUAGUCCCUCCAAUUUUUCUUUUUUUUGCUCAAAAACCUUUCACGUCCCAAAUUUCACGGCAAAUCCCAUGGAAUUAUCGAUUUUCAGUGAUUUUCAGCAUUUCCACGAGUUUCAGCACAAAAUUUUGGCCUAGAAAGGUUGGGGGACUAGGAUUUUCAUAUUGCAAAACCUAGUCCCUCCAAUUUUUCUUUUAUUUUUGCUCAAAAACCUUUCCCAACCCAAAUUUCACGGCAAAUCCCAUGGAAUUAUUGAUUUUCACUGAUUUUCAGCAUUUCCACGAGUUUCAGCGCAAAAUUUUGGCCUAGAAAGGUUGGGGGACUAGGAUUUUCACCUUGCAAAACCUAGUCCCUCCAAUUUUUCUUUUUUUUUUCGCUCAAAAACCUUUCCCGACCCAAAUUUCCCGCUAAAUCACAUGGAAUUAUUGAUUUUCAGCAAAUUUUCGCGACAAGACCCAAAAAGCUCUACCUAACUGCCAAUUUCGGAACUCUAACAGCUGCAGGGCUCGGAAAUGCGCUCUUCGAAAUUGGGGCGAAUUUGGGAAUCGCAAGGAAAAUCGACAGAAUCCCAUUUAUACAUGGUGGAAAGGUUGCGGAAGCUUUUGACUCCAGAAUUAAAGCAAGUUUUCCCGGUUUGUAUGCAAAAUUUGAAAUUUUCGACGAAAAAAUCAAUGACACGUGGAUUAUCGAGGAGCCAUUUCAAAAACUUUGCUGUUAUUUUGAAGACCCCGCGAGACUUUUCAAAAAUUCCCCGCAAUUUUUGAAAUUGGGCGGUGAUUUCUAUCAAAGUUUCAAGUAUUUCGACGAAAAUCGCGAAGAAAUUCGAAAUUUAUUGAUUCCGGCUGAAAAAUACGUGAAACUGGCCGAAAAUUACAUGGAGCCAGCUGAAAAUCCAGGAGAAUCCUUCAAAAUUUGUGCUCAUAUUCGACGCGGUGAUUUUCUGACAGAUGGCUAUCAUUCGGCGACAGAUCCGCGAUUUUUGCGGAAUGCCGUGCGAUUUUUAGCGCGCGAAUUCGCUGAAAAUCGAAAAAUUCAAGUGAUUUUCAUCGGAAAUCAUGAGAAUUUCAUGGAAAAUGAUGUGAAAAUCGAGCAAAAUCCGAAUUUUUCGAUAAAAAUUCUGCCACGUGGCGAGCCCGAGAUUGAUUUGGCAUUUUCCCGGAUAUUUUGUGAUGUUUUGCUGAUUUCGGCGCCUUCGUCGACUUUUGGAUGGUGGUUGGGAUAUUUGUCGAAGACGGGGAAUUUGGUGUAUUAUCGGGAUAUUCAGGAAAUCAAUGAUCAGGUGAGCAAAAUCGAUAUUUCUAUGAUUUUCAGCGUAAAAUUUGGGUUGGGAAGGGUUUUUGAGCAAAAGAAAAAAGAAAAAUUGGAGGGACUAGGUUUUGCAACAUGAAAAUCCUAGUCCCUCAACUUUUCUAGGCCAAUAUUUCGUGCUGGAACUCGUGGAAAUGCUGAAAAUAGCGAAAAACUAAAAGUUUCAUGAUUUUCAGGUGAAAUUCGCCAUGGUGGAACGGGAUUUCUAUCCGGCACAUUGGCGAAAAUUGAAAAUGGACGAAAAAACGGGCGAAAUUCGAAGGGUUUAA